ACCAAUUAACAACCAGCACCUCAUAUUAGAGACGUUAUGAAGCUCUACAGAUUAGAAGUAGCAGAUAUACAUCUCAAUAUCAACUGUUCAGAGGAGAUUAUUUUGGAUUUUUGGAUAAACGCCUUCAGUAUUGUUUUACAGUGUAGAAAGAAAUAAACAUCAGGAACGACCUCGGAGUUAGUAAAUGAUCCCAACCAUUUAAACAGUAGUGUAACUUCUCUAUCACUCUCUCGUCAUUCUUUAUCAUCACUUCAUUUUUGUUUCUACAGGAAGAGUAGAGUUUUAAUCUCCUGGAUUCCUCCACCUGUCUCCACCUGUGCAGUGCUGAUGGUGGUGCUGUGUGUCCUCCACCAUGCAGUCCUGCAGCAUUCAUCACUGUGUCCUGUUCUUACUCACCCUCACAUUUACCACUGUAUCUACACUGGCCUCCACCUCCAACAGUGUGACAGUAAAGCUUAAUCACACUGCUACGCUCCCAUGCAGUUACCGAUGUUCUGGUGUGGUCAAGUGGGCCAUGUUCCAUAAACCAGUUGAUAUUCUGGCUCAGUGUAAUCAGACGUCCUGCUGGUCAGAGCAGGGAUAUGAAAUGUCUUAUGGUCAGUACCUGAAGGGGAAGCUGUAUCUCACCAUCACUGCAGCUGAUUACAGUAAGAGGGCUUUAUACACGUGUGAGUGUAACAAUGUAGAGGCCUGUGGUGUGAGGCUCAUCAUUGAGACUUUGACGUCAUCCGUGGAGUUAAACCCUGGUGAAGCUCUGAUCAUGGGUUUGCCUGUAGAAGAUCCAGUGGAGGUGGUUUAUACGGCCAGAAAUUUAGCUGGUUCAUACGGUCAACAGAUCUGUACUGUGACUGAACACACACUACAGUGUGAAGCUGAAUACACACUCAGAGCAUCACUCAGUUCCACAAACAUCACACUGAGAGACGUGAACGUGUCAGAUAGUGGAAGUUACACCAUCCGGGACAGGAAGAACGAUGAAGUCAUUCAUAUAUACACACUCCUUGUGAAAGUGGUCCAGCCAGAACCUGAAGGGAAGCCAGAGCAUCACGUGGUGGCUGUAGUGGUGACGGUGACGCUGCUGUCGCUGUUCCUGGUCGUUUUGGGAACAGUGUUAUUUAUGAAACACCGGCAUAUAAAGCGUCUUAAGCAGGAAAAAGCCGAGCUGGAGGAAACUAUUAAACUGAAUGAAUCAGUGGCAGACGUGGACACGAGUCGGCGGAGAUCCAACAGCGAUGUGAGACCAGUAAUAAAGCAGAUGCUGGAGGUGGACAAAUUCAUCCAGCAGUACAGAAGUGAAUCGGUGAGGACGUCCCAGAGCUGGACGAGUCUGAACGACAUCCCGGUGGUGGAACUAUUAAAGAGGAGGAGGACGGAAAUGGACGAGUUUAUACAGAGCAGACAGAUCUCAGAGCAGGACACGAUCGGCCAGUGGUGGAGUCUGAAAAAACCAGAACUGGAGAUGAUCAUCGAGCACUGGAGAACGUACGACGCAGAACCGGAUGAGCUCGCACAGCCGCAACACUGUUCUACACCACAAGGAACGUGACGGGAAAGUCUGUCUCAACUGCACUCGGAUAUUUUAGGACUAAAACACAGAAGGAAGGGUGUAAGGCCUUGUUAUUUUGUAGUGGCGCUCGAUUGACUUCUACACCAGCGUUGGUUUGUCUUUGUCUAACGUCAGCCUGCAGCCCAAAUUGUAGUUUGUGUGUUAACCUGUGGAGGCAGUGUGUCGGGAACUGGAUAUGAAAGCCCUUGUCGUUUUAUUUCAGGUGCCUCCUUUUAAUAUGGACCAUUUUGCUAUAUUACACAUUAAUCUUCUUGUUUUAAAAAUUCUCGUAAUACGGCAAUGUAGGGAGAGAAAAAAUCGCCGCCGCUACUGGGUUCACCCUCUGACUGCACAACGUCGGAUUAAAGGAAGGGUUUUUUUGGUUGAUGAAGAAAUGCGAAAUUUUCCGCUCAAGUUUUUCAAU